AUGUCUGACCACGGGGAAGUCGAGGUCGAAAACCCCGCCGGGGCUUUCCAGGUCCUGCCCAAGGAGGCUAUCGCGGAGAUGGGAACCGUGAAGCUGUUCAACAAGUGGAGCUACGAGGAUGUUGAGAUCAGGGACAUCUCCUUGACCGACUACAUCCAGAUCCGUAACCCCGUCUACCUCCCUCACUCCGCAGGCCGCUAUGCCGCCAAGCGUUUCCGCAAGGCUCAGUGCCCCAUCAUCGAGCGUCUGACCAACUCCCUCAUGAUGAACGGCCGCAACAACGGCAAGAAGCUCAUGGCUGUCCGCAUUGUUGCUCACGCUUUCGAGAUCAUCCACAUCAUGACCGACCAGAACCCCCUCCAGGUCGCCGUCGAUGCCAUCGUCAACUGCGGUCCCCGUGAAGACUCCACCCGUAUCGGUUCCGCCGGUACCGUCCGUCGCCAGGCCGUUGAUGUGUCUCCUCUCCGCCGUGUCAACCAGUCCAUCGCUCUCCUGACCAUCGGUGCCCGUGAGGCUGCUUUCCGCAACAUCAAGAGCAUUGCUGAGUGCCUUGCUGAGGAGCUGAUCAACGCUGCCAAGGGUAGCUCGAACUCCUAUGCCAUCAAGAAGAAGGACGAGCUCGAGCGUGUUGCCAAGAGCAACCGGUAA